AUGGCAGACACCAUGGACGGUGAUUCUUCGUCUGGUGAUGGCAACGGGGCAGCCAUCUUCUCACUUCUGGACACGGAUCUGUACAAGCUCACAAUGCAAUGUGCCAUCCUCAAAUACUUCGACAAGGUUCACAUCGCCUAUGGCUUUACCAAUCGCACGCCUCAUAUGAAGUUGACAGUCGGCGCCUUCAAGUGGCUCCAGAAUCAAGUCAACCGGCUUGGUGAGAUCACUGUGACCUCUGAGGAAAUCGAAUGGCUGAAGAAGACAUGUCCCUACUUCAGCAAGGACUAUCUCGACUACCUGCAGAAGUUCAAGUUGAAGCCCAGCGAGCAUGUUCAGCUGUCAUGUCAAACCGAGUCCAAAGCCGAGGAUGAUGAGACGCCGUGCACCAUCUCCUUAUCUGUCCGAGGUCUGUGGGUUGAGACCAUUCUUUACGAGAUCCCGCUCCUCGCUCUCAUAUCGGAAGCAUACUUCAAGUUCGUCGACCGUGACUGGAACCGAGAUGGACAGGUCGCGAACGCCCAAGACAAGGCGUACAAGUUGCUCAAGAACGGAUGUGUCUUCAGCGAGUUCGGCACCAGACGGCGUCGUGACUACAAAGCACACGAGCAGGUCAUGCAAGGCUUGACAAUCGCUCAAAGGGAGGCGAGUCUCGACUUCAAAGACUGGACUGGCAAAUUCACUGGCACUUCCAACGUCCACUUCGCCAUGAAGUUCGGUGUUGCGCCCAUUGGAACGGUUGCGCACGAGUGGUUCAUGGGUAUUGCAGCGAUUACGCAAGACUAUGCCAACGCCAACGAGCUUGCAAUGCAGUACUGGACCGGUACCUUCGGACGUGGCGUGCUUUCCAUCGCUCUGACUGACACAUUCGGCACUCCCGCAUUUCUCAAAGCGUUCGCUAAGCCAGCUGCAAAGAGUGGAAGUGCUGAGGAAGGCAACUCCAAAGAAGAUCCCACCUACGCCCAAAUCUUCACCGGAACCCGGCAGGACUCUGGCGACCCGCUCGAGUUUGUCAAGACGAUCUCGAAAUUCUACCAGAGCCAAGGCAUCACCGACAAAAAGGUCGUCGUCUUCUCGGACAGUCUAAACGUCGAGAAAUGCAUCACGUAUCGCGAAGCGACGAUAGCGGCUGGUCUAACACCCUCUUUCGGUGUUGGGACCUUCUUCACCAACGACUUCAUGCAUGCGAGCAACAAGGAUGAAAAGAGCGUUCCGCUCAACAUUGUCAUCAAGCUUAGUGAGGCGGAGGGCGUCCCGGCAGUGAAGCUGAGUGACAACAAGGGGAAGAAUAUGGGGUCUGACGAGUUGGUCCAGAAGGUGAAGAAUCUGGUUGGCUACACGGAGACAGAGUGGCGCGAAGGCGACGAGGCGCAUCGUUGGGACAAGUGA